AUGCCUGGCUUACCGAAGACUACUGCUGCCCCUGCAGAUAUGGAGGGAAUUGCAGUCAUUGGAAUGGGGUGUCGCUUCUCUGGAGGAGCGAACUCUGUUGAGAGCUUCUGGCAGAUGCUAUGCGAUGGACGUACUGGGUAUGGGACGGUUCCCACGAGUCGAUAUGAAGCUUCAGCUUGGCAUCACCCCAGCCAUGAGCGUCAAGGAGCGAUCAAUCACGAUAGUGGAUUCUUUUUGCAGGAAGAUCCAUCACAAUUUGAUGCUCCUUUUUUCUCUAUCACAACUAAAGAGGCGGCGGGUAUGGACCCAGCACAGCGUUUGUUGCUCGAAGUCGCCUAUGAAACGUUUGAAAACAGCGGAAUACCAAUAGACACCCUUCCGGGAAGCAACACAGCAGUGUAUUCUGGCUCAAUGACCAAUGAUUAUGAGCUAUUAUCGACAAGAGAUAUCUACGAUAUGCCUCACAACUCGGCUACUGGCAAUGGGAGGACCAUGCUCGCAAAUCGCUUGUCGUGGUUCUUUGAUCUCCAAGCCCCGAGUAUCAUGAUGGAUACUGCGUGUUCCUCGAGUUUGACCGCGGUCCAUCUAGCAGCCCAGUCCCUGCGAUCUGGGGAGUGUGGAAUGGAUGGUCGUACUCCUGGAAUUACACUUCCCAGCCCAAUAUCGCAAGCCAAUUUGAUUCGUUCGGUUUAUGAACGGUAUGGUAUCUCAAUGAGAGACACUGCUUACUUUGAAGCCCAUGGAACUGGAACUCCGGUCGGGGAUCCCUUAGAGUUGUCCGCUGUUGGAAUGACGUUGGGACAGGCACAAACACCAACUGAUGAGCCACUAUACGUAGGCUCAGUAAAGACAAAUUUUGGUCACACCGAAGGAGCCGCAGGAGUUGCUAGUUUGAUCAAAGUUGUUCUAUGUUUAGAAAAGGGCAUAUUGGUACCAAACGCUGGAUUCAAAAACAUCAAUCCCAAGAUCCGGCUCGAUGAUUGGCGUUUGUGUCUGAGCGACAAGACGAUGCCCUGGCCGGAGUAUCUUCCACAGCGGGCCAGUAUCAACUCAUUUGGAUUCGGUGGAUCAAAUGCGCAUAUAAUCCUCGAAAGCACCAAAGAAGCCUUUCGGGGCGAUGCUGAAGACAGCGAGCCGGCCCCUCAUGUGGUGGUGUUUUCUACAUUUGACCAAGCUGGCAUUGAACGGACCGGCUUCCGCAGCUUCGCGGUUGCUAACUCACGAGACCAGCUUCAGAGCGUCUUGGACAGGGGACUUCCCAAGUUUUCUCGAGCUAGUCGUAAAGCUCAAACAAGACUUGCCUUUGUGUUCACAGGUCAGGGUGGUCAGUGGGCUGGAAUGGGCCGGGAGCUUUUGAGAAUUCCUAUUUUCAGAGAAAGCAUGGCACGAUCACAGGACAUUAUCUCGUCCCUAGGAUGUCCCUUUGAUAUGGUUGAGGAGCUAAAGGCAGAAGCAAAAGACAGUCAAAUUAAUCGACCCGAUCGCAGCCAGCCUAUCACCUGCGCCUUGCAGAUUGCAUUGGUUGAUCUUUUGGCUAGUUGGGUAGUUUAUCCAAACGCAGUUGUUGGCCAUUCUAGCGGCGAAAUCGCCGGCGGAUAUGCUGCUGGAUAUCUUUCCCGCGAAGACGCUAUGCGAGUCGCAUGGUUCCGCGGUUUCUUUUCGCAAAAGAUGGCCGAGAGUGACAGACGAGGAGGUAUGCUCGCUACUGGUAUAUCCGCAGCAGACGUGCAGAAAUACCUUGACGAGGUUCCCCCGCGUUCAGUUGUGGUUGCCUGUGUCAAUAGUCCUGCCAGUACAACCCUUUUAGGCGAUGUGGACUUCAUUGACCAACUCGAAGCAAGGUUACAACAGGAUGGCCACUUUGCCCGAAAGUUGCGUAUUAAUACAGCUUAUCAUUCCCCUCACAUGUAG